GCACCCGGCUCACUUUUCCACAUCACUUCACAGUUACAUUUGGCAGGCAGGAGGGCUCGCAUGCCGGCGCGCUCAGCCCAGAAUUAGUGGAUGGAUUUGGAAUCUCCCUGCUUCCUCGAAGCUCCGCCGCCGCCGCCGCUGUCACCGCCGCCGACGUUUUGAGCGUAGACGGGAGCAUAACCUUACCAUCAGCUGCACUUUGGGGCUGCGGACACACAGAGCCCAGCGCGUCCGCUCAGCAUCUCAGCACCAAGGCUCCGCAGCUCCGAGAGACAUGAAGGAGAUCUGGAGGUGCCUGCCCCGUGCGCCGGUGUCUGUUGCCACUCAUUGCACUCGGGAGCCCAUCUCCAGCCCCUCCAGCCAUUUGUGAACCUGGAGGCUUGACCUUUGCCAGCGCGAAGUCCAACCCCCGAAAUUUCAAUGAAAAGGAAAGUCCAGGAUCGUGGUCUUAGAAAAGCUGCUUAAACAUGUCUGUUUCCCGUUGCUCUGAACACGUGGCCGAGCUGUAAAUAAACGCUCUGCACUGCAUGAUGAAUUGGAUGGCUGCAGACCCCAGGCAAAAAAAAUAAUUGUCUCAUUUUCGCGGUGAUUUGCUUAACUGGUGGGACCAUGCCGGAACGGCUAGCGGAGAUGUUCGUGAACCGCUGGACUCCAUUAAUAAUAUUAUGGAUUACCAUCCCCACUUACGUUUACAUGGCUCCGAUGAAUCAGCCGCACGUUUUCACCAGUGGAUCCUCUUUGGAACUAAACAGGCUGAGUGAAGAGCGGCGGAUUUUGAAUCGCUCCAAAAGAGGCUGGGUUUGGAAUCAAAUGUUUGUCCUGGAAGAAUUUUCUGGACCUGAACCCAUUCUCGUUGGCCGGUUACACACAGACCUGGAUCCUGGAAGUAAAAAAAUCAAGUAUAUCCUAUCAGGUGAUGGAGCUGGGACAAUCUUUCAAAUAAAUGAUAUUACUGGAGAUAUCCAUGCUAUAAAAAGACUUGACCGAGAGGAAAAGGCUGAGUACACAUUAACAGCUCAGGCGGUGGACUGGGAGACAAACAAACCUCUUGAGCCUCCUUCUGAAUUUAUUAUUAAAGUUCAAGACAUCAAUGACAACGCACCAGAGUUCCUCAAUGGACCCUAUCACGCUACUGUGCCAGAGAUGUCCAUUUUGGGUACGUCUGUCACUAAUGUAACAGCUACUGAUGCUGAUGACCCAGUUUACGGAAACAGUGCAAAGUUGGUUUAUAGUAUCUUGGAAGGACAGCCUUAUUUUUCCAUUGAGCCUGAAACAGCUAUUAUAAAAACUGCCCUUCCAAACAUGGACAGAGAAGCCAAGGAGGAAUACCUGGUCGUAAUCCAAGCCAAAGAUAUGGGUGGACACUCUGGCGGCCUGUCUGGAACCACUACACUUACGGUGACCCUCACUGACGUUAAUGACAAUCCUCCAAAAUUUGCACAAAGUCUGUACCACUUCUCAGUACCAGAAGAUGUGGUUCUUGGCACUGCAAUAGGAAGAGUCAAAGCCAAUGACCAGGAUAUUGGUGAAAAUGCACAGUCAUCCUAUGACAUCAUUGAUGGAGAUGGAACAGCACUGUUUGAAAUCACCUCUGAUGCUCAGGCCCAGGAUGGCAUUAUAAGACUAAGAAAGCCUCUGGACUUUGAGACCAAAAAGUCCUAUACACUGAAGGUAGAAGCAGCCAAUGUCCACAUCGACCCACGUUUCAGUGGCAGGGGGCCUUUUAAAGACACAGCAACAGUCAAAAUUGUGGUGGAGGAUGCAGAUGAGCCUCCAGUCUUCUCUUCACCAACGUACCUGCUUGAAGUUCAUGAAAAUGCUGCUCUGAAUUCCGUGAUUGGGCAAGUGACCGCUCGUGACCCUGAUGUCACUUCUAGUCCUGUCAGGUUUUCCAUCGACCGUCACACUGACCUGGAGAGACAGUUCAACAUUAAUGCAGAUGAUGGGAAGAUAACACUGGCAACUCCCCUUGACAGAGAAUUAAGUGUCUGGCACAACAUCACCAUCAUUGCCACUGAGAUUAGGAACCACAGUCAGAUAUCCCGAGUGCCUGUUGCUAUUAAAGUGCUGGAUGUCAAUGACAACGCCCCUGAGUUCGCAUCCGAAUAUGAGGCAUUUUUAUGUGAAAAUGGAAAACCCGGCCAAGUCAUUCAAACAGUAAGUGCCAUGGACAAAGAUGAUCCCAAAAAUGGACAUUAUUUCCUGUACAGUCUUCUUCCAGAAAUGGUCAACAACCCAAAUUUCACCAUCAAGAAAAAUGAAGAUAAUUCCCUCAGCAUUUUGGCAAAACAUAAUGGAUUCAAUCGCCAGAAGCAAGAAGUCUACCUUUUACCAAUAGUUAUCAGUGACAGUGGGAAUCCCCCACUGAGCAGCACCAGCACCUUAACCAUCCGGGUCUGUGGCUGCAGCAAUGAUGGUGUUGUCCAGUCUUGUAAUGUUGAAGCUUAUGUCCUUCCGAUUGGACUCAGUAUGGGCGCCUUAAUCGCCAUAUUAGCAUGCAUCAUUUUGCUGCUAGUCAUCGUGGUGCUGUUUGUUACCCUGCGGCGGCAUAAAAAUGAGCCAUUAAUUAUAAAAGAUGAUGAAGACGUUCGAGAAAACAUCAUUCGCUACGAUGACGAAGGUGGAGGGGAGGAGGACACUGAAGCUUUUGACAUUGCAACUUUGCAAAACCCAGAUGGAAUAAAUGGAUUUUUACCCCAUUACAGAAGAGGGUUGCUAGGAGGAAUGUCAGAGAACACUGCCUGAAGAAAAGGACUAUGGAAAAUGGUGACUUCAAUGAACCCAGAGGCCAGAACUACAGAAGACAAUGAGAGGUCACUAAAGGCACAUGCUAAUCACUUCAGACCUCCUCUGUGCAUUCAGUAUCUCCAGGGCCAUCUCACGGCUCCACGUGGAUAUGAGCAAUAUUUCAAUAUUUUAACAAUCACUGUUUAAGAUUGAACACAGCAGUUAUGAGUCAUUGGUGGAGAUGAUUUCCUGUUUCUGUUCCAUGCUUUCCCUUCACCACAACUCUCUCUGAUACUUUCCUAACUUUUCUUUAAUUCAACCUCUACAGUUUGGGAUAUACCACUUAUUUGUCACGUUUGACUGUUGGAUAUGUGACUGGAUGAUUUAAGAUUCAUGUUAGAGCUAUAACAAUACUGCAAAUAAACUUUUAAAAUUCCUUCCUAACAACCAAUGUCUUUUAUACAGAUGCAUGUUCUAGACAUAGUAUUUGUGACAGGGAAAUGAUAUGCUCACCAUAAUUAUCUUGCCCCUCAUAGAAAUAGGAUGUGUGUGAUUUGAUAAGUUAAUAAAGAAGCAAAAAAUAAUAAAACAUUAGAUUUGUCUGUAUCAUAGAAGAGAUUAGCAGGAUUCAAAGAACAUAGGGGGAGAGCAUAAUAACCUACCAGUUCAUGGUAUUCUAUAACAAGUUAUGCUAAGAUGAGUCUUGGACUCGACAGUGCCUGUUGCAGGAUAUUGACUUCCAGGGUCUGAAAAUGAUGCUGAGUUGAAAGAUUUCUCAGAAUCCUUUACUGCUAGGGCUUCCUAACAUGCAAAAUACCCCAUGUGACCAAGUUUCUAGGACCAUUUUAUGUAACAGAUAUUUAUUGAUAUUUACUAUUUCACUGUUCUAUAUGGUUGUAAUAUAACAAGUCUGUGUCCACAUAAUUUGGUGGUGUGGGACAAAAGAAAACA